UUUUUGACAUUGACAUUUCGGAAUAAUAUUGUCAAAGAAAAAAUUAAAAGACAUGAAGUGGCAAGAAAAUUAAAAUUUUUAGUCCAUUUUAUUAAUAUCAAAUUUAAGUUUGUGUUAUAUCUAAACGAAAACAUGUAUUGUAUUUCUCCACAACUAAUGAAAAUCCCCAGGGGUAUAACAGCAGUUCGAAAAAUACCAAAAUUGACCUAUCCUGUCAACGUAGUGACUCCAACAGCUAAUAAAUCUUUAAUUUUGUCUCGAGAAUAUAGUCAUGAUAAAAAGAAAUACAACACUGAUAACCUCCGAAAGUAUUCAUACAAAUACAUGUGUUAUUCAGUUCUAUUUGCUACUACUGCGUACGCAUCUUACAAAAUCUGGUUAAGAUAUCAAGUAUUUCCAUCAAUUACAGCGGCUGAAGAAAUAGCCGACUCAGAUUCUGAUAGUGAAAUCGACACCAAAAAGAAAAGAUAUAGGAAAGAAAAAAUUGGAUUCAGAGAUAGAAAGAUCAUCGAGUAUGAAAAUCGCAUGAGGCAGUACUCUACUCCAGAUAAGGUUUUCCGAUACUUUGCCACCCUUCAAGCUCAGCACCAUGAUCAGCAUGAGGUGUUUAUGACACCGGAUGACUUUCUCCGCUCCAUGACACCUGGAGUCAAGCAGCCAGAUGGUCUUGGCCUUGAUCAGUACAGAAGAUAUGACCCAAAGAGUAUCAGCCAACGCCUGAAUCUUGAUCUUGACGAGGAUUCAAUAUUUUUCAAACUUGGUUCAUCAGGACUCAUCACGUUUAGUGACUACAUAUUCUUGCUCACCGUUUUAUCUACGUCUCGUCGCCACUUCGAGAUAGCGUUCCGCAUGUUCGACUUGAACGGCGAUGGCGACGUGGACUGUGAGGAGUUCGAGAAAGUUGCCGCGCUCAUUCGCCAGCAGAGCUCCAUCGGAUCCCGGCACCGGGACCACGCCAACACUGGCAACACUUUUAAGGGCAUCAACUCUGCGCUCACGACAUACUUCUUUGGGCCGAAACUCAACCAAAAGUUGACCAUCGAGAAGUUUUUGGACUUCCAACAACAGCUUCAAAAAGAAAUACUGUCCCUUGAAUUUCAGAGGAAGCAGCCAGAUGAAAAUGGUCGUAUCACUGAAGCUGAUUUCGCCGAGCUAUUACUUGCAUACGCAGGCUACCCGGCCAAGAAGAAGGCGAGAAUGCUAAAACGUGUCAAGAAAGCGUUCCGCGACCACGGCGUCGGAAUAACAAAGGACGACUACCUCAAGUUCUUCCACUUGCUCAACAACAUAAACGACGUGGACACGGCGCUGACGUUCUACCACAUCGCGGGCGCGUCCAUCGACCAGCCCACGCUGCGGCACGUGGCGCGCACGGUCGCGCACGUCGACCUCGACCCGCACGUCAUCAACGUGGUGUUCACGAUCUUCGAUGAGAACAUGGACGGGCAGCUAAGCAACCGCGAAUUUGUAGCUGUCAUGAAGAACCGCCUCCUCCGAGGUCUCGAGAAGCCCAAAGACACCGGCUUCGUCAAACUGAUGCACUCUCUCAUCAAAUGCGCGCGAGACACCAAGCCCGCUAUACUAGACUUUUAAGGACACCCUCGAAUGCACGGCUCCGAUAACGCAAGUAUUGCAUAACUUUUACAGUUUUUAUUCAGAUUAUGUAGGGAACGUUGGGUACUUGCUUUGGGCUACAUUCUGAUAAAUUGCCACUUUUGUUAUAAACUAGAGACCCGUCCGGCUUCGCACGGGAGCUAUGUAUUAUGCAUUAAAGCUUUCUCAUUAAUCACUCUAUCUAUUGCUGAAAACUGCAUUAAAAAACAGCGGGACCAACUUGUUUUAUCCUAUGUAAAGAAGCAGCACUAUUUUUAAUGAUUAAAGCACUUUGAUUAGGCUUCAAAAGCCAAGAUAAAUAAUAGCAAUUCGUUCGAAUCCAUUUAAAACUAUUUAUUUUCAAAUUGUGAGGUUUUCUAAGUAAACAAAGAUGAAUCCUCGUUUUUGCUAAUAACCAUAAUAAUAACCACAGAAACGAGGAUAAAAAAUAUUUGUUGUUGUCUUUCUCAUAUUCGCUGUCCCAAUAUCAAUUAUUAAAAUAUGUGUGUAAACACCAUGGUUAUAUAAAAAAUUUCGCUUUUAUGAAGCAAGUAUCUUUCGUCAUGCCUGUUCCACGAUUUAUAAUACACAAUAUUUUAAAAAAACGUAUAAGUUGGCUUCAAAAACAAAAAAAUACUGGGUCGUGGUAUUCGAGUGUAUUGUCAAAAAUAUAUUAAGCUCUCUUUACUGGUCAUUAGGUUUUACUCUUUUCUCAUAAUAAAAACAAAAAAAGUGUAUUGAUGCUUACUAUUUGUAAGACAUUCAUUUAUCGGUUUUUAUUCUCUCAAAUAAUCUGAUUAUAUGAAAUCUCUACAUCACAUAAUAAUCUAGCACCGUUCGGUCGUCUUUAAUAUUUGUGAUAUUGUAUAUAAAUAACAUAGUUGUGUAUAAGAAGAGGUGUUUAAAGAUAUCGUUACGCAGUUAAUUGCUUUUCGUAGAAAACAGGGUGUCAAAAAAUCCAGAGAUAGAGCAUUGUGAUUUAUUUCAAUCGUUUUUGUAUGUCUACAAUGUUUUAUUAAGCAUUUCAUUCGAAAAACAAAAAAUACAAAAAAGAAGUAAUAAAAAUUUAGAGAUGCUUAUAAAUUCCUCUUGAUACUGUUUUUAGGACUUACUAAUCAAUUAUGCGAUAAAAUAUUUCAGAAUGCAAUAGAACUUUAAUAAAUAUCCUUCCUAAUUAUACGAAUUUAUAUUUUGUUUUAUUAUUAGUUGUUCCAAAUGACACAAUAAAUAAUGUAUUAUUGUUAGUUAUUUGUUAUAUUAUUAGUUACAUCUUUUUGAACACGUUCUAAAAGUUUUGUAAAUUAAUAAUUUAUUAUAAAAUAAAUCUCGUUAAAUAUUUUGUGUACGUAAUAUGUAUAUAAAAAGGUAGCUACGUUUUUGUUAAUAUUGUUUUAUUGUCGCAUUCAAAUUGUUUUUAAGUUAAAACUAUGACGUUGAUUCAAAAUCAAUUAGAUUAUGUAUAAAAUGUAUUUUAUAAGUUUAUCUGUCCGUAAUUCGCUACUUUUGCUGUGUACAUAAAAUUAAAUAAGAUCUUAUUGUAAUUUUUUACUCUCAAUUAAACUAUUUCAUUUCA